UAAGUUCAUUUUUUGAAAGCUUUUGCACAGUCGAGUUUGGUAACUGGCAGCGAAAACAUAUCCGCAAAAUGAGCGCCGAAAAGUGGGAAGACAACGAGGAAAUCAAAAUAUUCCGCGAAUAUUUGCGCAUAGCUACGGUGCAACCCAAUGUGGAUUACACCGAAUGCGUGGAGUUCCUGAAGAGGCAGGCACACAGCCUGGAUCUUCCAGUGGAUGUCAUCUAUCCAGUGGAGAAGAAGCCCGUGGUGAUCAUCAAGUGGUUGGGCACCGAACCGGAACUGCCCUCCGUCAUUCUGAACUCGCACAUGGAUGUGGUGCCGGUGUUCCGCGACAAGUGGACCCACGAUCCCUUCGCUGCCGAUAUCGAUGAGGAGGGCAGGAUCUUUGCGCGAGGUACGCAGGACAUGAAGUCGGUGGGCACAGGAUAUCUGGGUGCCAUUCGCCUGCUCAAGGCCAGUGGUGUCCAGCCCAAGCGCAACUUCUUCGUGACCUUUGUGCCCGAUGAGGAGAUCGGCGGCGAACUGGGCAUGCAGGAGUUCGUGAAAACGGAAUACUACAGCAACAUGAAUGUGGGCUUCAGUCUGGACGAGGGCGGCACCAGUGAAAUAGAUCUCUUCUAUGUCUUCUAUGCCGAACGCAUGCGAUGGGGUCUUAAGCUGAACUUCAGUGGAACCUCGGGACACGGUUCGAUGUUGCUGCCCAGCACUGCCGGCGUGAAACUGAACUAUGUGCUCAACAAGCUGACGGAGUUCCGCGAAUCACAGGUUCAGCGGCUGGCCACGGAUCAAACCAUUAACAUCGGUGAUGUGACAACCAUCAAUCUCACCCAGCUGAGCGGCGGAGUCCAGAGCAACGUAGUGCCUCCUCACUUCGAGGCUGUCUUCGACAUGCGCCUGUCCAUCACCCUGGAUGUGGUGGCCUUUGAGAAACAGAUCCACGACUGGUGCGAGGAGGCUGGUGGCGGCAUCGAGAUCUCCUUCGACGAGAAGGAACCCUACGUGGCACCCACUAAGAUCGACGACUCCAACCCAUUCUGGCUGGCCUUCAAGGCCGCCACCGAUGAGCUUGGCCUUAAGAUCUACCCCAUUGUCUGUCCUGGGGCCACCGACAGCCGGAACAUUCGAGCUCAGGGCAUUCCAGCCUUGGGAUUCUCCCCGAUCAAAAACACCACGAUGCGCAUCCACGAUCACGAUGAGUUCUUGGGAGCCGAAACUUACUUGAAGGGCAUUCAAAUAUACAAGAAAAUUCUGAGCAACCUAGCCAAUGUCUAAAAACUAAAUCGAAAUAAUACAUGAAAACCUUAUCAAAAUAAAGAUUGAUGAUUUUGUUAUAAGUUAGUAGAAAA